ACUCUGUCAUCGUGUAAAAAAAGAGAAAUUCAUUUGUACAGUUUGAUGGCGAUGGAGACGUACGGUUUGGUGAAGGAUGAGCUGCUUCACGGCAUCGGAGGAGGGCAGGGGCGCCUGUACUGCGAGGUUAAGCCGACAGCAGCGCCGGCGGUGAUCACAGCUGCCGGUGGCGGCGCUAAGAGCGUGAAGAGAAGGAAGAGAGAGCCAUCGGCGGCGGCGAUGUCGGCUGUGACAGUGGCCGGCAAUGGCAAAGAGGCCGGCGGUAGCAAUGCGGCUAACAAGAGAAGCUCAAGGUUUAGGGGUGUGAGCAGGCACCGUUGGACAGGCAGAUUUGAGGCACACCUGUGGGACAAAGGGACAUGGAACCCAACGCAGAAGAAGAAAGGGAAACAAGUUUAUCUCGGGGCGUACAACGAGGAAGAUGCGGCAGCGAGAGCUUACGAUCUGGCGGCGCUCAAGUACUGGGGACCUACCACCUACACAAACUUCCCUGUCGCUGACUAUGAAAAAGAGCUGAAACUGAUGCAGGGUGUAUCCAAGGAGGAGUACCUAGCCUCAAUAAGAAGGAAGAGCAAUGGCUUCUCUCGUGGAGUUUCCAAGUACAGAGGCGUUGCACGGCACCACCACAACGGCAGGUGGGAGGCCCGGAUCGGCAGGGUGUUCGGCAACAAGUACCUCUACCUGGGCACCUACUCCACCCAGGAGGAGGCCGCCCGCGCCUACGACAUCGCCGCCAUCGAGUACCGCGGCAUCAACGCCGUCACCAACUUCGAUCUCAGCACCUACAUCCGCUGGCUCAAGCCCCCCUCCUCCUCCUCCGCCGCCGGCACGCCCCACCACCACGGCGGUGGCAUGGUCGUCGGCGCCGACCGCGUGCUCGCCCCGGCGCAGAGCUACCCGAUCAGCGCCGCCGCCGACGACGACGUGGCCGGCUGCUGGCGGCCGUUGCCGUCGCCGUCGUCGUCGACGACCACGGCGCUCAGCCUGCUGCUCCGGUCGUCGAUGUUCCAGGAGCUCGUGGCGCGGCAGCCCGUCGUGGAAGGCGACGACGGACAGUUGGCGGUGGUGUCGGGCGACGACGCCGACGCCGACGCCGACUCCGACGUGAAGGAGCCGCCGCCGGAGAGCGAGUACGGCGAAGUGUUCGCCAGCGACGAGGCGGCGGCGGCGGCGGCGUACGGGUGCUCCAUGUACGAGCUGGACGACAGCUUCGCCCUCAUCGAUGACUCGGUGUGGAACUGCUUGAUCUGACCGAUCGAACGUGUGAAAAAAAAAUAACAAGCAUGCAUUAAUCAGCCAUGAGUAUAGGGCGCGCGCCAUGGCUAUGAUGAAAACUUAAGCUUCUUCGAUCGAAGUGAAGGGGAAGAUCAUGAAGAAAGCUAAAGUAGAGAUAGUCAUGGGGCCAUGAUGACUACAUAGUGAACUGAAGUAUGGAAUGUAAGUUGAACAGAUUUAUGAUGUACUCCCUCUCCUAUAAAAAAACAACCUAGCAUUUGAU